CCAAAUUAGAUAGUUUUUACAAUUCACGAUGCCGGUAAUUUUGAGCUAAUUGAUGAUAAAUUUUUAAGAUGUGAGACCCACCCAGUUCUUUCUGAGUCGGCCAUAUUCUGCGUCCAAACGUGCAGAGGCAUAAACAAGCAAAAUGGUGCGUAUGGAUGCUUUGGCGGAUGCUCUUAAGAGCAUAAACAAUGCUGAGAAACGUAGCAAGAGGCAGGUGUUGAUCCGGCCCUGCUCCAAAGUAGUUGUCAAAUUUCUGUCUGUAAUGAUGAAACAUGGCUAUAUUGGAGAGUUUGAGAUAGUAGAUGAUCAUCGUGCAGGCAAGAUUGUCGUAAAUUUAACAGGUCGUCUUAUCAAAUGUGGUGUCAUCUCUCCCAGAUUUGAUGUUUCUAUACAUUCAAUUGAAAAGUGGACCACCAACCUUUGCCAUCUCCGUCAGUUCGGGUAUGUUGUUCUUACAACAUCUGGAGGUAUCAUGGAUCAUGAAGAAGCAAAAAGGAAGCACCUUGGUGGCAAGAUAUUAGGAUUCUUCUUCUAAUAAAAAUGAGAUGAAA